AUGAGUGUCGUUUUCGCAACAGCCGGUUAUGAUCACAUUAUUCGAUUCUGGGAAGCACCUUCUGGUAUUUGUUCGCGAAUCAUAAAGUAUCCGGACUCGCAGGUCAAUCGAUUGGAGAUCACACCCGACAAGCAAUUUAUUGCUGCUGCUGGGAAUCCAGUUAUUCGCUUGUACGAAAUUCUUGAGCCCUCUGCGAUGGGCGGUGACGAAAGGGACCAGCAAGCUGUUUUAACUCUGGAAGGCCACGGGUCGAAUGUUACAUCCAUUGGGUUUCACAAAGAUGGGCGUUAUUUAUACUCUGGUUCCGAAGACGGAACGAUCAAAGUGUGGGACUUGCGUAGUCCUAGCUAUAGUCGCAGCUUUGAUGUUGGAGCCGGCGUCAAUUCCGUAACUCUAAGGACGGAUCGAGACCAGUUCGUAUCUGGCGACCAGAAUGGAUAUGUGAAGAUUUGGGAUCUGGGGGGGAAUGGUUGCAUCAAUAGUCUCAAGCCGCGAUCGGCCGAAGGAACAGUUCCUAUCCAAGCAGUUGACAUUUCGGAGGAUUCUCGGACGCUCGUGGCAGUCUCGAAUCACGGCAGUGUUUUUGUAUGGGACCCAACUUCAAGCGUUGGAAGUGAAGAUGACAACAGCACGAUGCGACCCGUUAAAAAGUUUCGAGCUCAUCCUCCUGGCACUUACUGCUUGCACGGGAAAAUAGCACCCGAUUGUCGUCAUUUGGUGACCACAUCCAGUGAUGGCACGGCGAAGCUGUGGGAUACAGCCACUUGGGAAUUAACACACACUCUGCAAAACCAAAAAUGGGUAUGGGAUGCAGCCUUUUGCGCAGACUCUUCGUAUUUAGUGACAGCAAGUAGCGACCACGUCGCCAGACUGUGGAAUUUGCAAAAGGGAUCGGUCGUCCGGCAAUAUCACGGCCACCAAUCAUCCGUUACAUGCGUCGCUCUCAACGACAGUAGUGUAUGA